UAGAUUCGUUCUCGAUCUUUCAUACACAGGCUCCAGUCUAGAAACUUAAGCCCCUAAAUUUCUAGUUUUGAGUUUGAGAGUUUUGAGCUGCAAUAAAGAUGGCCUCCUCAUCAAAGGUGACUCCAGCUGUCGAUGAUAAUACUCCGGGGGAAAUUGGUGCCACAUCUGCUUCUAUAAAAGAGGAAAUCAAAUGGGACCCGUUUCAAUCCCCUGACUGGGACCUUGAGAAGCCCACCAGUGAUGCAAUAGUCCGAAUGAAAAGGGAUUUGCAUCUAGUAUUUAGUGAUCCAUUGCCUGGAAUAUUCAUUGCACCAGAAAGUGAUGAUAUAACUAGACUCCAUGCUCUUAUUACAGGUCCCUUUGACACACCUUAUGAAGGAGGUUUCUUCCAUUUUAUGCUCCGUUUCCCACCCAGCUAUCCCUUUCAUCCCCCCAGGGUAAAAUUCAUGACGACUGGUUCCGGGACUGUUCGCUUUAAUCCCAAUUUAUAUAGGAAUGGCAAGGUCUGCUUGAGCAUACUGGGGACAUGGCCUGGCCCUCAGUGGGCUCCUGCUCAGAACCUCUCGAGUGUUUUAAUGUCCAUACAAUCAUUAAUGAACGAGAAACCCUUCCACAAUGAGCCAGGUUUUCACAAGGAGAGGCUAGGCUGGGAGGUGAAGAGCUACAAUGAUAUUAUUAGGCACGAGACUUUACGUGUUGCUGUCUGCGAUGUUCUAGAGAGAAAGUCCUAUCCAAUUGAGCUAAUGGAAGUAGUGAAGCUCUCUUUCAUGCAAUUUUACGAGUAUUACUCGUCAACAAUCAAGAAAUAUGCUCCAGAGUUAGAUGACACAUCAAUGAAUGAUCCUUUUGGCAUUAACAAAGGGACAUUCAAUUUUAAAAAGUUAUCCCAGAGAAUAGAGAAACUUCAGCUGGCUCUUUCAAGUUCAUCUUUGUAGCUAAUAUUCUGUACAUAAAUUAAUGUUGUUGUUCAUGUAUUUUUUAUCUUACUAAUAUUUAAUCGAUCAUUCUUCUGCAUAGUAA